AUGGAUUCCGAGUCCGUCGUCGCGCAGGUCCAGCGCAAGAUUGAGCUCCAGAGCCCCGAGGACCUCGCCUACCUCAUCACCAACGUGCGCAACGCCGCAGUCGAGCACCUCAACGAAGCCUUUCCGCCCGUCGACGGCGCCGAGGAGGAUGAGCUGCGCAUCCAGAUUGAGGUGCUCGUGAACGAGUACAUCAACAAGACCUUCUCUCUCGCCGCGCCCAACCUCACCAUCAACGGCCUCCCCGUCCCGCCCACGGCCAUCGUCGCCGCCGCCGCCGCCAUGCCCCCCGACACCGUCUACGAGCCCUUUGACACGCGCAAGCGCCGCCAGGUCGCAGACCUCAUCACCCAGGAGGAGAAGCUGCUCGAGGACGUGGCCGCGCUCAAGCGCUCCGUGCCCGCCAAGGUCGCCGCCGAGCACGCCGAGCGCGUCCGCGCCGCCAUGCGGCAGGACGAGGAGGACCUCCGCGAGCGGGUCGCCAGGGACGCGGCCGCGGCCGAGGCCAGUGCUGCUGCCGCUGGCGGCGGGCUGCUGCCGGGCGUGUCGAGGCUGCAGCGGCAGGAGGGCGUCGAGGACGGCUUCAAGAGCGCCGUUCAGGGGCUCGGGAGGCUGAAGAGGGACAUGCCGGCCGUCGUGGCCAAGAUGGAGCGGGCGAGGGUUGCAGGGGAGUAUGUCGUCACUAGGGGGCGGUGA